GCGACCGCCUAUCACCCCCGAACUUCCACUUCCGGUCCGGUGUCAUGCCGACCUGCGAGGCGAGGAAGGCGAGUCCAUGCCAGCCCAGGCCUCUGGGAGGAGUCACUCUUAUCCCCAUGAUGUGCCCACUUGCGAGGUGAGCCGAAGGUUUGUUUUCGUUCGUCUUCUGUUCAACCAUCCAAUUCCUCUAUUCCUCGAUUCCUCUAUUCCUCUGUCCACCACCACACCAGUUGACACCCUCGCUCACCCACGCAUCCCCCCUCUCAGCCCUCACCCAGCGAGUACUCCUCCAGCCCCAGAGUGAGUAUUCCUUGGUGAUCGUGCUCCUGCCUCGUGCCCGUGUCGUGUCACUGUGCUGCGUUUGUGUCCCCCAGCCCAGACCUCGUCCUCCAUCUAUCUGAUGCUGUCUGCUGGUAAUUCAUCACUCUCUCAGUCCUGACUGUCUGUCUGUGUGACUGUCUGUCUGUCUGUCUAUCUGUCUACUACACUCCUCCGUACACUCUCUCCUCCUGGUCCCCGUGACACUUGUGUGUGAGAUCAACGACGAGUCAGUCGGCCAGAAAACCCAGCCAGUCAUCAGAGUCAAACUUUCAGUCCGCCUGGGCAAUCAUCAGUCAUGAAGGCAGACCGGAACCGAGAGUCAUCCGCCGAGCUGUGCGGUGGGAGCAUACUCGUUGCGAACCCCAUGGCACCGCCCUCUCCCACCCCCUCGCACCAGUCGCCUCCAUCCCCGAGGACCACCACAUCAUCAUCAGCAGACAACCACAAGACGCCCCCGCCGCCGCGCCGCCGAGGAACAGUAGCCUGUCGCCGGUGCCGAAGGCUGCGGACCAAGUGUCUCCACGGCCCGGAGAGCAACCCGCCCUGCGAGGCCUGCCGCUCUGCCGGCCCCCAGACCGCAUCCGAGUGCUCGUUCCCGAGGAGGGGCGAGAAGGACGUCGACAGGGACUUCCGGCGGAGGCAGCCUGCCCACAGGCUGAGUGUCUCGUCGUCGUCGGCCUCCCAGGGGACGCCCUCGCUCAACCUGUCGGCCCCUGCUGUCCAGCCGCUCCCCGGCGGGCUGACGAUGCCCGUCGACGCGCCCAUCUUCAGCCCGGGCCUGGCAGCAGCCUCAUCAUUCGGCACUGCAAGUCACCACCAGCACCAGCACCAGCACCAGCGCCAGCACCAACGCCAUCACCACUCAGCGUCAUCAUCAUCCUCCUCCUUCAGCACAACCACACCACGCUUCUUCUCAAACCCCACCACAUACGCGAGCAUGAGCCGCCGGCGCCAAGGGUCGUCGUCCGUGAGCCCGUCGUCGUCCUCGCCGUCGUCACCGCCGAGCCCCUUCUUCCCGCCCCACGAGGAGAUCGUGGCGGGCUGCCGGUCCUUCGUGACGUCGUACUUCCAGCUGGGGUUCCUCCCCAAGGCGGUGUUCAUCGAGGCCAUCUCGCGCAGCCCCGGCGCGGUCAGCCCGUUCCUGCUGAGCUGCAUCCUCUGCGUCUCGGCGCGGUUCACGCCGGCGCUGGCGCACAGGUACGGCGGCGCGGGGCGGGCGACGGACAACUUCCUGCGGCUGGCGAGGGCGAUGGUCCCGGCCGAGAUGUACGAGCCGUCGCUGGAGCGCACGCAGGGCUUCUUCCUGCUGGCCAUCGCCGAGUGGGGCAACGGCGACAAGGACCGCAGCAGCGUCGACAUGGGCGUCGCCGUGCGCAUGGCGUCGAUCCUCAAGCUGCACCGCGAGGAGUCGUACGCCCUGGCGCCGGGGGCCCCCGCCGAGCAGGUCAUCCGCGCCGAGUCGGCCCGCCGCACCUUCUGGAUGAUCCACAGCCAGGAGAACCUGCACGCGGGCUACAGCUCGCCGGCGCCCUUCCCGCCCGAGGACAUCACGGCCCGCCUCCCCUGCGACGAGCACGACUUCGCCUUCGGCGUCAGCCCCGAGUCGGGCGCGCCCCGGUCCGUCCUGCCGGGGACCCUGCCGGCGCUCCUCCACCCGGACCUGGCGCGGUCCCCGGACCGCUGCCUCUUCGCCACGCUCGUGCAGUCGCACAACCUGUGGGGCCAGGUGGCGCGCCGGGCGUGCCGGUCGGACCUCAAGACGCACGGCACCGAGCCGUGGGAGCCCGGCAGCGAGUACCAGGAGCUGACGCGGGCGCUGCGCCGCUUCGAGGCCGAGAUGCCCGAGCGCCACCGCUGGUCGGGCUGGAACCUGCGCGGCUGGCGCUCCGAGGGCCUGCACCUCGCCUACCUCGCCGUCGUCAUGGUCCUGCGCGUCAGCAACAUCGUCGAGCGCCGCAUCUACCUCGACGAGAUCCUGCUGAGCGCCAACAGCCGCGGCGGUGGUGGUGGUGGUGGUAGUAGUAGCAGUAGUAGUAGUAGUAUAACCGCCGGGGUAGACACCACGGAGGUAUCCCCGGAUACUACCAAACAACAACAACAACAGCCUUCACCAGCAACAGGCAACGGCAGCCAGGCCCCCGAGGGCUUCUGGCGCGCCAUGUCGGACGAGCUGUUCGCGGGCGUGGUCGAGCUGCACGAGCAGAUCGACGCCUUCGCCUCGCUCCGCGCAAACAACAACAACAACAACAACAACAGCAACACCACCUCCUCCUCCCCCCAGCUGGGCGAGGGCUUCCCCGCCAUCCUCGUCUUCUGCGUCUACAUCUGCGGCUCGCUGGCCUCGUACCUGUGGCGCUACCCGCAGCUGUGCCCGCGCGCCGCGCCCGCCGCCGAGGCCGUCUCCCUGCGCUGCCUGCAGGUCCUGGGCGACCUGCACCGCGCGUGGCCCACCAGCACGCGGUGGCAGCAGGGCCUGCAGCAGAUCGCGAGCCCGCUGUCGGCGGCGGCGGCGUCUGCGUCUGCGUCGUCUUCUGGGUCGACGAGCAGCAGCCGGGGCGGGCGCGGCUCCUCGUCGUCGGGCGGGUCGCCGAGCUCGUGCGCCACGUCGGUGCGGUCCGCUGUGGACGUCGCCGCCGCGCUCGACGAGUCCAUCAUCGACCCGCGGCUCACUGCGGCGUCGUCGUUGGGCGGCGGGGGCGCGGCCAAGGACGACGACCCCGUCGCUUCGUUCUGGGCUGGGGCCGGGGCCGACGAGGCUGUCGCUGCUGCUGCUGCGCAGCCCCCCGCCGCCGACGCCGACGCCAUGUCGAACGAGCUGUUCGAGGCUGAGAUGCGGAACCUGCUCAGCGAGGACGUGCAGUUUGGGUGGCUUGACUUUGAGCACGGCGGUGGUGAGUGAGGGUGGGGUAGAUAUAUGUAGGUGGUAGGCAAUGCGUGC